UUCUCACAUUCAUUCUCAUAUGGUUGCAAAGUUUGAACACAGUUUAAUGGCUUUUGAUGCAUUUUUGGUUAUUUAAUAAUUAUUCUGGAUUCACCGUUCGUUAAUCCCUAGUCAGAACUUGUCUCCGUUAUUCUCCACCGCUUCCACCUUCUCUCUCUCUGUUCCCAUUUUGCUCAUGCUAUGCUACUCUUCUUCACAUUCCAAUCCUUUAACCCCUUUUUUCCCAUUCAAGAACUGGUUUGUUUUCACAUACGCAGAGGUUCCGUUAAAUGUGAUAAUAUCCUAGACUUGUUUGUCAAGAAUGCCGGGCUUUCCUGUCGCGGCUGGUGAUCCAUGUAAUGUCACAAGCACAGACCAACCUGAAAAUCCAGAUGCUGAUGAACAAUUAUCUGCAGAAGAGAAACUUGUUGCAGAUCAAAGUUUAUCGGUUUAUUGCAAGCCUGUAGAGCUUUACAACAUUCUUCUUCGACGUGCUACAAGAGUGCGAUUAUUCCUUCCAAGAUGUUUAGAGUACAGGGCACAGGCUAGGAAAAAGAGAAGGAUACAAAUGUCAAUUUUGCUAUCACGGAGUAAUGAAGAAUCUAAGAAUGUGUUUCCUUUGUAUAUUGGUCUGGCAAGGCGUGAUCCUAAUAAUGAAGAUGCUGAUUAUUCUGCUGUUUAUCUAGUUAGUCAGAUUUUCACCUUUCGAGAUCCCUCUGGCAUUGGUGGGAACGAUCAAAUCCAAGCGACGUUUGUGCUCCAUGACAUUAAUAAGUUAGCUGUUGAGGCUAAAUCCGGCUCACUUUUUCUCUUGUUUUUCACCACUGAGGCCAACUCAAAUUCAUCAUCUAGAGUCAAUACAAAUCCGGGUCCUUCAAAUAUGACUUCUUAUGAAUCAAGAGUGGAAAAUAACUGCUUAUAUGGGAAAGUGUCUUUUCAAUCAAUUUAUAUGGCUUGGGAUUGUUCUCAAAAUUUUCGUUGGGGACAGCGAGCUGAGAUUAUUACUACUGUUGAUUUGCUUCCAUGUAUUUUGAAGCAAUAUGAUUAUCAAAAUACGAGCACGACCAUAUCAAUCCAAGAUCUCUUGAAUGCUGCAACUGUGAGUACACCAAAGAAUGUUGAAAUCACUAUCUUUGCUGAAGAGUUCGGGGCCAUGGAGACACCUCUCGACCGUACACAUGCUAGCAACGAUGUAGCAUCAUCAUCGACAUCAUCUAAUAUCAUUCGGAUGAAAGAAGGAAAUGUGACAUUUAAUUACAGGUAUUACAACAACAAAUUGAAGAAAACGGAAGUCACUCAAAAUUUCUCCUGUCCAUUCUGCUUGGUUAAAUGCGCAAGCUAUAAGGGUCUAAGAUGUCACUUGUACGCAUCACAUGAUCAUUUCAACUUUGAAUUUUUGGCAUUGGAAGAUUCUCUGUCUGUUAAUGUGUCUGUGAAAACUGAUACCUGGAAAACUGAGAUUGUUGCAGAGGGUAUUGAUCCAAAAUUGCAAACUUUUUCCUUACAUGCCGAUAAAUCCAAACGCAGAAGUCCAAACAAUGCAGGUAUUGAAGAGGUACGUGAUGUGGACUCACAGGUCUUAGCUAAUGAUGCAAACCCACCGGUUUUAGCUACAGACGUGGAUCCACCAGUCUUAGCUAAUGAUAUGGACCCACCGUUCUUAGCUACAGAGGCAGACCCGCUGGUCUUAGCUAUUGAUGCAGACUCAUCGGUGGUAGCUAUUGAUGCAGACCUGCCGGCCUUAGCUUUGGAUACAGGCCCACUAUUCUUAGAGUCUGAAACUCCUGUAGGAGAUACUGAACUUUUGAAUAAGGCUGAUGGAACUUCUGCAACUAUAUCGGGAGUUGCAAAGGCAAGUAUUGUAUCCAAUCCCAGUCCAGAUUGUGUCCCACCAAUAUCCGAGCAUGAUCAGGGGACUCCUGCAGCGCUACAGGUUGGCAAUACUGGAAAGUUACCAGUUGAGCAUUUUGACCCGCAAAUUGUAGCCCAGUUGAAGAAGCGACAGUUUUACCAUUCUCACAAAUCCCAGCCAAUGUCACUUGAAGAAGUUCUAUCAAAUUAUGAUAGUGAGGAUGAAGUGGAUGAUGAAGUUGCAAACUUUGAAGAGCGAAGGAAGCUUGAUCUUCUCCGUGUGAGCAAACACGAGAAGCAAUUCAUGUUCAUGUGGAAUUCAUUUAUUCGAAAGCAACGCGUGCGGGUGGAUGCUCACAUUCGUUGGGCAUGUAAGGCUUUCUCAAUAUUACAUGGCAGUGAGCUUGUUAAGUCCCGUAAAUUAUCUUGGCAUUGGACACUUUUCAGGCUCAAAUUAUGUAAUCUGGGUCUUAUAGAUGCAAAGAUCAUGAAUGAUUGCGGUAUGAUUCUCGAACAAUUUGAGAAGCAGAAAUCAGAUCCUAAGAUCCCAAUAGCUAAUGUAAACUCCCUUCUUUUAUCUCCCCUUCGAAAUAGAAGAAAAAGAUGACACAGAAAAGGACUUCUUUACAAGUGCAAAUUGCCCUAGUCUCGUGAAAGUUUCCUGGAUGUCAAUUUAACUCUUGUUGUACUAUUAUUAUCUGGAGUUGUGCCAUGAGGUUUACCAAGCGAUAAAAGUUUCAUUCUACAUCGCUUUUUCUGCGGCAUGGAGCUGAAAGAAAUUCUUAAGCAAACCAGAGUUAUAUGUUUUUGAUCCGCUUCUGUUGAUGUUUUAAAUUUCGACUUUACAUACUUUCUGUUGACACCAAAUUACAUGGAAACUGGAUUGCCAGUAGUUCUGAAGGGAUCUGCAUGAACUGCGAUUCCUUAUCCAAACAGAGGUCAUAUUUAAUGAAUUGUGUUAACAAUCAUUUUUGGGUAUAGAAUAGAAUAAAACUUUUUUAUUUUUGAGAUUGAUUGUGUACAACUUCGAUAAAAUGAUAGACACAAUACUCAUCUGGGUUGUGUUUUGAAUAGAUGAAUUAUAAUUUUUUUUCUUA